UUUUUUUACAACCGACUUCCUGGUGCUUUUCUUUUCAGUCCUCCCACCUUUUUUUCUCUUUCUUAUUUUUCAAGCACCGGCCUUUCGAGUUUCUCCUGAUCUUCUUUACUUAUCUCCUGGCAGCUGCUUGUUUGCGGCUGUUAGUAGAAACGCCAUGGCCCUAAGUUUUUUCAGUGGUGGGGGCAGUGCAAGUCAUGCGAAGUACUUCGAUAUCCGUCUUGAUGAAGAUUAUAUUCUUUUUCGCGGUGGAGAACAAGAAGCUGCCAGUGCACACUUGAGUGGAAAGCUUCUUCUUUGCUUAUCAGAGCCGUUGUCGAUCAAGCAUAUUCGGCUUCACCUCACUGGUAUAUCGCGAGUUUGCUGGCAUCUGCCAUCCAGUUCUGCUGGAGGUGGUAGGAAAUCGUGGAGGGAACGAGUAAUCUAUGAAAAGACAUGGAAAUUCAGAGACUCAGGUAAAGGCAAAACGGAGCUUUUGCCUGCCGGCAACUAUGAAUACCCCUUCAAUCUCGUUCUAGAGGGUAAUAUGCCAGAAAGUAUCGAGGGUCUCAGCGAUACCUAUAUCACCUACCGAUUCAAAGCCGAAAUAGGACGCAAAUAUGCGAAGGAUAUAGUUGUCCGGAAGCCAUUGCGUAUCAUUCGGACAUUGGAACCUAGUGCUCUCGAACUUGCUCAUGCUAUGUCGGUGGAGAAUAUUUGGCCCAACAAGAUCGAGUACUCGAUAAGCACUCCAACAAAAGCGGUUAUUUUUGGGACCAGCAUCCGAAUUGACUUCAAACUUAUCCCACUACUCAAAGGUCUCACAAUUGGACAGAUUGUCUCUCAACUUAUCGAGAGCCAUGAUCUCACCCUCAACCCUGAAGAUCCUGACACUAUUCGCAACACAUAUAAGAACACGCGCACUAUCUUGAAUGACGAGUUUGAGCUGGAUCACGAUAACGCCUUGGAAAUUAUUGAUGAAGUGGCAGAGGGCUAUCAAUUCUCGCGUUAUUUGGACCUCCCUAAAACCCUGACACGGUGCCUGCAAGAUACAGAUACGAAGGGCAUCAAGGUCAGGCAUAAGCUGAAGUUUCGCGUUCAAUUGAUGAAUCCAGAUGGUCACAUUAGCGAGCUGCGAGCUACGCUUCCUGUGUCGAUAUUUAUCUCUCCAAACCUUGCGAUCGACGAGAAUAAUAACCUAAUCGACCAGACUCCACAAUCCGCUCAACGGGCAAUCAACGAUAUUGCUCAGCAGGCACCCCCGUUGUACGGCGAGCAUCAGUUUGACCAGUUGUAUAGCGAGCUUGACCCUAAUGGUUACCGUACUCCGGGACCUGGAAGUGGCCCCGGCACACCAUUUGGCACUCUAAGCCGCAACCUCUCUGCUGAAAACCUCGCUUCUAUGAAUGCUUUGACAAACACCGACAUCUCCGCUUCUGCGCUACACAGCCGUCUAUCAAAUCUAUCCAAUCUCCAUAUCACUCGACCCCAUCAGCCGUCGCCCACCGAUCAUGAGCCUCAGAACGACAGCGAACAACGGCGCUUAGGGGUUCCUGCAGAUUACUUUGGACCAUCAUCGGGUUCUAAUUCUCAUAGCCCUUCGAGCCCGGUGCUCUCGCGGCGACCCUCUGAUGAAGUUGACCAUGAGCAUGUUCCAUCUGGAAUGGCCACCCCGUUCCAUCCUCAGUAUGCGGAAGUGGAGACUCUGAGCCGUGUCCCGAGUUAUUCGACCGCAGUUCGUACAACUGUCCGCCCACAUGAUUCUGAGUUGCCGGAUUAUGAUGCUGUCGUUGCGGAAGACAUUCCCGUCCCCCCACCUCUCCAGUCACCUCAGCAAGCCCAUAUCCGAAAUGUUGGACGCGGAUCUAGCCAACUCUUCCCUUCCCUUGACAUUCUUCAUCACCGGCCGGGCCUUGGUCACUCUCGUUCCUCUAGUCACGAUGAUGAGGACCGGAGACUGCGACUCGUUCAGGCCCGGGCCCGAGUCUAGAUUCAGGACAGAGGCCGCUCCACCUGCAUAUCGGAGGGGAACUUUAAAAUCUCCGGCCAUGUGCAUUCAUGAUGAUUACGGUACUGUCAGCGCUGGACGCUGAGAGGCGCUACAUUUCUGAGACUCCUGAUUUCACGAUAGAAGAAAAGCGUGUAUCUCACUUCGUUUUGUAUUUAUAUUAGACCGGGUAUUGGGUGCUCCUGGUUGCUUCCAUUUUUCUCUUUUCAUAUAUCAAUAGAGGUGGGACGGUAUGGAUUUGUUCACCGGCGUUUAUACUAGAUAGAUGGGUUGGGUUUACAGGGUAUGGAACGGCUUAGGCCGAUGACAAACAUGAGUUAUGGCGACUUUUUACAAACACUUGAUACCUAUCAUUUUCCUCUCGAUACUUGUAGGAGAGCAUUAGAGCCGUGAUGGUAAUAUAUAUCUAUCUAGCCUUCCUUUCAAAGCUAAACAUAGCUAAACCUACGAUCUACUAUGUACUCGAGAAUAUAUUCCUGACUGGAGUGGAGAACUCAUGCAGAAAGAUCCCCAAUGAUUCUCCAGCUCUUGCCACCGAACUGUGGCUGAGCCUUCGCGCUUUGUCUACUUUCGGAUAGUUCGAUCCACGAAGACUGUUCGAGCCACACAUCGGCGUCGUUCGAAUCUCGUCCUUAAGCAGUUUCCAUUGGCUGGUUCCCU